AUGGUGCUGUUGGGUCCGUCGGUCAGUGCUCUAAGAAAGAUGCUGGCGGUAUGUGAGGAGUACGCUAAACUUCAUGGCCUGCAGUACAACCCCAAAAAAAGCGAGAUAAUGGUGUUCAAGGCGGGGACGAAAACACGAACGUUUGUACCGAGGGUUGAACUGCAGGGGACCCCUAUCUCGGUUGUGGAUAGUGUUAAAUAUCUGGGUCAUAUGAUAACACGUGACCUCAGUGAUGACCUAGAUAUUGAGCGGGAGCACAGGGCGUUGGCGGUAAGGUCAAAUAUGCUGGCCCGCAGGUUUUCUCGAUGCUCGGCGGAUGUCAAAGUCGUUCUGUUUGGCAUUCUGUCAGUCGUUUUACUCGAGCAGCCUGUGGGUUAA